CCGUCCUCAGUCCAUUCCACGACGUCGAUCCAAAACCUACUCCAGCUACUGGAGCAAACUCCGGCCCGCGCUUCAUACAAAAACCCCAGCAAUCGCAUACUCAAAUACUCACAGUUGAAAACAUUUUUUUUCCAGUUAUAUUCGUGACGCGGGUGAAUCGGACGCGAGUUUGUGGUUUGAUAGGAGGGAUUGUGGUAAGUUUUAACAAUUGAUAUUGUUGGAGUUGAGGAGGAAGUGUAUCGACAGGUAUUGGAUAUUGAUAGGAGCAUUGUGGAGCUUUGAUGCUUUUGGAUGACAGGAAAGUAAAGGAGUUGACAAUCCAAGGAGACUAAACUUCCAAUUGCAUGAACUGAGAAUGCGAGAUAAUUUACGUCUACACGUUCAUGAUGGUGUACCACGAACAAUGCUGGUUGCCAUUGUUCCAUGUCUUCUGGUACUCUCAUCGAUCCAAGCUGAACCAAUAUUGACAGCACCAGGUAGAUGUCCAGCUCUGACAGAAUUGAGCUCGUGCCCAUCCCGUGCACCUCCAUGCUCCAGUGACUUUGAGUGCUCGAGUCCAUCGGAGAGAUGCUGCGAGACAGUUUGCGGUCUCAGAUGUGUCCUAGGGGAGCUGACGGGCUGCGAGCAAUUGGCUAUAGCCGCUGGUCGACGUUCCCAAACAAUCGUCGGUCAUGGAACUGGCCAAUUCGUUCCGCAGUGCAACAAUAUCACUGGCGAAUUCGAACGAAUUCAGUGCGAGUCCAACGAGAAAAAUUGCUGGUGUGUUGAUGAAUUCGGUAGCGAAGUCGUUGGUACCAGAGCGCCCGCCAGGGAUUUCAUCGAUUGUGAAAAUCCAAGAAGCUGUCAGGCACAUUCUUGUCGUAUGUUGUGUCCUCUGGGAUUCGAGAUUGACGAAAUAAGUGGCUGUCCAAAAUGUGAAUGCCGAGACCCAUGCAAGACAGUGACAUGUCCAGGGUCCGGUCAGACCUGUGAGCUUGUGGACGCACCCUGUGCACGUCCACCGUGUCCCCCAAUUCCCAGUUGUCGAAAAGCAAAAUCCCUUUCUACAAUUUGUCCUGCAGGCGAGCCCCUGCAAAUAACCGAUUCACCUCGUCCUUUCCUCUGUGGAGAUACCCCAGGAAAGCCAAAUUGUCCACCCCUUUACCGUUGUUUGGUCCAACCAAAUGCUGAAUAUGGAGUUUGCUGUCCCUCGAGCCUUCGCCUCCAGCGCCCAGGGACUUGUCCAACGAUCGAGGAGCCAGCGGACUGUGGUGCCUCUUGUGAACACGAUUUAGAUUGUCCAGGACCUCAGAAGUGUUGCUCCAGUGAUCAUUGUGGUGGUAAAGUUUGUGCUUUUGCAACUGGAUUGAGUUCAUGCCGAAAGAAUCGAAUGUCUGCUGAACUGUUGAGUAUUUCGGAGAAAGAGGGCAGAGGAUAUAUUCCUCAAUGCACUGAGAACGGUAGCUACAAUUCCCUCCAGUGCUCCAGAAAUGGUCUAGUCUGCUGGUGCGUGGACACCGAUGGGAGAAAGAUUUCUGGUACAAUGGGCUCCGCUAAGAAUGUCACCUGUGAAGAGGCUAAACCAAGAGCUAGAGCUCUUGAUGCAUCUUGUCCAUUGCAACAAUGCGCCCAAGUUUGUCAGUAUGGAUUCAAGGUCGAUGAAAGGGGAUGCUCCACGUGCGAAUGUGAUGAUCCCUGCCAGGGGUACACUUGUCCGGAGGAUCAAGAAUGCACCCUCUCCCGGGAAACCGGCUGUCCAGACUUCCUGUGUCUGACUCGGCCCAUCUGUCGUCCGAAGAAGACCUACAAGAACCCGUGUACCGUUGGCGGUCCCCUGUCCGAUGAGAACGGCACAGUAAUCUUCUGUUCCCCAAGCUCCACAUGUCCACAGGGCCAUUUGUGCACCCUGAUACAGGACUCUCCUUCCUCCGUCUGCUGCAUCCACCACAACUUUACGAAACCCCGUCGCGCACCUACAAUGUGUGAAUAUCUCAGGAACUUCACAGAUCGUAUGGAGGGAACUCAUUCAGGAAUGACCUUGGCCAUUCCCCCACCUGAGUGCCUCCCAAAUGGAGCUUAUAACGCCCUUCAGUGCUUCAACUCCACGUGCAACUGCGUUAACACGCAAGGAGUUCCAAUCCUCAGAAACAUAAAUCCGGAAAUUCAAAAUUGCUCUGAUAUUCGCGCCAUAACAUCCGAAACCUGUGGGGAAUUCCCGAAUUGUAAGUUGAAGUGUCUCUAUGGUUUCGAAGUUAAUACAACUGGUUGCGACGAGUGCCGAUGUCGUGAUCCAUGUACCGACAUCACCUGUCCCAUUCGGGAGGUCUGUAUUAUGGUCGACGUGAACUGUGGUGAAGGUAAUAAAUGUCCACAGGUUCCCGCCUGUCUACCAUCGACAAAGUCAGGACAAUGUCCUUACUUGAUUCCGAGUUCAUCGAGCUGCGAGGUCCACUGCAGCACAGAUCAGGAGUGCUCAGGUUCACAAAAAUGUUGUUCAACGGGAUGUGGUACCCAGUGUGUUAACCCCGUGGUAGCGACCGGAUGCCAACACGCCCGAGCGCUUGCCGAACACGCAGCCAGGGAGUCGGGUGAACCCGCCCGGAGGCUCUACAUCCCAAAAUGCGAUGACAAGGGUCGAUUUGAGCCAGUCCAGUGUCAUCUGGACACCUGUUGGUGUGUUGACGAAGAAGGAAGGGAGGCGGCGGGUACCAGAGUAUCAAAUGGCAUGCGACCCACCUGCAAUACUCCCGUCGAUUGUCCGGAUAUCAAUUGCGAGUUGAACUGCACCGAUGGCUUCGACUUGGAUCUUUUGGGCUGUCCCACGUGCAGCUGCAGAAACCCCUGCAAGUCCAUUAACUGCAGAGCUCCCAAUGAGGCCUGUAGGAUGGUCGAAGUCGCCUGCAGCAUUCCGCCCUGCCCACCUGUCCCCGUCUGCUUACCCAAGAAAGAUAAUCCAUGCCCCAAUGGAGCACCGCUCAUCAGUCAGGACGGCACACCAGCGAUUUGCGGACCCCAUGGUCAUCACUGUCCCUCAACUCACAAGUGCGAGCUGUCUCCGCUCGACGAAUACGCUGUCUGCUGUCCCAAACCUCGCGACGUCUGCUUCGAGCCUCCAAAAUUCAUCGACUGCGUUGGACAGUCAAAUCCAUCCUUCAACGAGACCGAACGCUGGUACUUUGAUCCUGAUAAAAACGAAUGCAGAUCCAAAUCAGGAUGUUCGAUUGGACAUAACGACUUCUCGAGUAAGUUCGUUUGUGACGAUGUUUGUCCAGUAUUGACAGCUUGCGAAUUACAGAGGGAGAGGAAUCUCAGGAACUCCCAACGCGUCAAGCAGCCGUCAUUCUUACCCAGAUGCAAUGCUGAUACUGGUGCAUGGGAGCCCGUUCAGUGUCUCGAGCACGUGGGUGUCUGUUGGUGCGUUGAUAAAAAAGGAAUCGCCCUCAAGGGCUCAUUAGUCAGGGGAAAAGAGCCCAAAUGUAACUUCAGACAGGCCAGAAAGGGUCGCGGGCCUUUUGAUGCUGCAGAGACCAUCGAAAUUGAUAGCUGGAUUGAUCCUGAGUUCAAGGUUUAUAUGAAUAACGUGGAGACUGCUAUCAAAAGUAUCUUCACUACCAGAUGCGAGGCCAUGCGGGAACGGGGACAUGUGCCAACUACUUGUGAUCAGGAUGGACAGUUCGAGCCAACCCAGUGUGCAGGUGGUACUUGCUGGUGUGUUGAUGAAGCUGGUAAUCAAGUUGUUGAUUCAGAACCUUUUUUUAAAGAUGCCAAAAUCUGUGAUGUAACACCUGUAGAAGCUGUGGAAGUCACUUUGAGGUUUCCCGGGCAUUUUGUGAACGAUGACAGUAGUGAAUUCACACUUGCCAUUAGGGAUCUCCUCAGGGACCUUGGGGCUGUUGUCAAAGAUGGUAUCGCAAUCGAGCUCGAUCUUGAAUCUGCCAUCAUUGGGUUUGAGAUCACUGGAAAGAACAAGGUGGAUGUGGCUUUCCAUCUUGAGGAGCUAACGAGGAACAGGAGUCUUGCCAUCCUGGGGACAACUGCUGAUGCCACUACCUCCAGGUUUAUUCAUAGACCAGUGGUUCUCCAUAAGAAGAUUAAUGUAAUGGCACUGAGGCAGAAGGACUUAUCCAGCGAUGCGGAAAUUACUGUGUUUGGAACUACUGGCGUUGUCCUUGCUGUCGUUGGUACUUUUGUUAUUGGGAGUCUUGCAGCAUUGAUUGCAAUCUAUCGGAAUAAGAUGAAUACCAGAUACUGCACCCCACAAUCAUCGCCCAAUCACGGAGAGUCCCUAGCGAGUACUGAAAAACCUGUCUACAUAAUCUCUAGCUUAGAAAAGGAGAAGACUUCUUUAGAUUCCAGUAGGCAACUAGAGGAGAACAUUCAGAGCAUCCAAAUUAAGCACAUCACCGAUAUUUAAGGAAUUUAGUGUUUUUUUCUUAUGUCGUUUCCCUUUUGUAUGAGACAAUGGCACGUCAAGUAUUUAAUAACGCUUUCGUACUCAAAUCAUUAUUUAUUGACAUUUGAUAUAGGUGAGUAUGCGUGCGUGUGUGUAAGUUUAUUGAUUCAUUCUAUAGGAAAGUGGUGAACUGUUACGUUUAUAUGAAAUUCUAUUGAAACGCGUGAAACCAUUUCGUAGAAAAAUACUAUUUAAAACUUGAGAAAUUGAAUGCAAUUUUCGGUAAGAAUUCUUUCUGUUUUUCUUCAAUUCUAUAAAACAUUUUUCUCCUUUCUAUGUUCCUUUUGUUUAUUAAAAUCCCCAAUAGAAAUAUUCAAUCCAAAGUAUCGAUAAAAUUAAUUUCUUUUUUGCUAUUUUCAGUUUAGAAUUUUCCGGCUUUUGGCUUCAAUUUGUUAAUGAGGCAUAAAAUAAACAUGUAACGAAAAACCAUCAACUUUCUUUUGGAAUUUCUUUUACGUUUGCAAUAGCGAAUUAGUGCCUUGAGUGUCGAUUCCGAGGCAUCUAAUUUGUUCCAUUUUUUCAUGAGAAAAACAUGAUUCCAAUAAAAUUGCUGAAAAAUAUUUCUGAAGCAGCCCAUAGGAUAUUUUUUACCAUUCUUAAAAAAAUUUUUCUACCUAUUUUAUAUAAAUAGUGCAAAUUUUAAUGUCAUAUCAAAUAAAAUGAUUUCGGUAGAAGUUGAAUUGGCAAGAAAUAAUUCAUGUUAUUCUAAAAACAACCUCUGUCGCUUAAACUGGAGACCGUAGAAUAUUUUUUAACACUUUAACAAUCAAUUCGUGGCAUGAAUUAUUCGAUCUUGAUCGUAAGUAAUUGAUUUCUGAUGAAUGAGAAAUUUCAACUAAAUGGUCCACGACCUUUAAUACCAAUAGGCUACCCUCAAGUCAAAUUUUAUUUUGAAAAACUAGAAAAGGAGAUAAAAGUAUUUAUAGAGAUUGCCCUUUUAUUUUCCACUCUCUAAUGACUAAAUAUAAGCUAAGAUAAUUACCCGGAUUAAUUUAUCGUCCAGACAAUUAGAUUUACAAUGAGUAUAACGAAUUGUAAGUCAAAUGUGAUAAUUCAGUCAGUUAAAUCCGAGGUAAUUACCGAACUAUUGUUCUGUCUAUUUCAAGUAUUUAUUUAUUUAUAUUUAUAGUUUUCUAAUUCUCUUUGUACUUUUUAUUUACAUGUUUGACAGGCUUUUGAAGCACGUGGAGUGGAGAAUAGGUUCUUCAGCUUCUGGUGUUGUCAAAAAUCUGUCGAAUGUCAUUUUGUAGACGCGUAUCGUGUACCCACAAAUAUAAAAACAAAGUGAUAAGAAUUAAUUAAGUGAAAAAUCCUUUCGUAGGAAAAUUCUUUUACUUUUAAAGACACAAACUAUUGUUAAACAAUUGUAGUGUUAAUUAUUUAUUUCGCUAGUACUAUGACAAACCUGUAAUAAACGUAAUGAAAUAAUUUGA